AUGUGCCCCACCAUGACUGGCUGGAGGGCCACGCCCCCGCAUGCGGGACCGGCGUUCACCUUCAGGGCCUGGCACAGGGCGCUGGUCCCCUCCAGACACGGCGCAUGCCUGCCCCGGUGCAGCAGCGUGCACACCUUCCAGUCCCCCGGCAGCCCGGUGUGGGGUCCCGAGGGGCAGCCCGGCCCGGGCUGCACCACACGCAUGCUGACCAGCAUCGGCAUGUCUCGCCGGGAGGCCCAGCGCAUGGAGGCCCUGUACCCGGCCCAGGACCAGACGGAGGCCAUCCUGACCCUGCUGGCGGACGGGCCGCGGGUGCCGGUGCGCGUUCUGCCCGAGGUGCUGCUGGCCUGCCCAGACAUCCUGGCCCUCACCCCCAAGGCCCUUGAGGAGCAGAUCGACUGGCUGCGCGGCAUCUGGACCACGGGCCACGGGCUGAGCACGGCGGUGCAGGUGGCCCCCGACCUCCUCCUCCCCUCCUUCCCCGAGGUCUGGGCGGCGCGCCAGGCCGCGCUGGAGCCGCUGGGCUUCACCCCCGCGCAGGCGGAGGCCAUGCUGCGCGCCUGCCCUACGCUCUUCACCGCGCCCGCGGACGAGGACGCGGUUCGCGACGCGCUGCUGGGCGCUGGCGUGCCCGAAGGGGACCUGGGGUCGCUGCCGCCGGCCUUCCUGGCCGCGCUGUCCCGCUCGCCCGCCUGCCUGCAGGCGCAGGGCGCCAUGGCCCUACGCGCGCAGCUGGCGCGCCUGGCGGCCUGGGGCGUGCCGCACGCCGCCGCGCGCGAGGUGCUGGGCGCCUGCCCCGCCCUGCUCUCCACCCCGCCCGCCACGCUGGCCGCAGCGGUGGCGGCGCUGGAGCGCGCGGGGCUGGGUGGGCCCGCGCUGGCGCGGGUGAUCGCCGGCUGGCCGGCCGUGUUGCGCGCCAACCCCAACACCAUCAACCUCACGCUGUCCCUGCUGCGCUUCUGCGCCGUGCCCCUGGCCAAGGUGGUGGAGUCGCCCAUCGUCUUCAAGCCAGACCCCAUGGCCACUACCGGGCCGCGGCUGAGCUACCUGGCCACCUGCAACCCGCAGGGGUUGGAGAGGUACAAGCUGAGCAGCAUUGUGACCACCUCGGACGAGGAGUUUGCGCGGCGCAGGACCUCCCAGCCCGUGGACGAGUACAGGGUGUUCAAGGAGAGGUGGCUGCGCCUGACCUGGCAGAAGCUGAUGGAGCGGGCGGGGAAGGGCGACGCGCAGGUCCCGCCCGACGGCGAGUCACUGGCGCGCGCCAUCCGGCGCCAACUCCUCGCCCUGCCCCAGAAGGCUGAAGAGCCCCGCGAGGCGCCAUGA